GUAUGUCGACGAAUUUGGCUAAUAAUUUGUGAUGUUUCACUAAUUCCCCGAGGCAAUGCUUAAAGAGUUCGCGGUGUGACGUGCGCCAUGUCUGCAGACUCUGUAGUCAGCAUGCUGAGGGAACCUAGCACUGAGCAGAAACUUCCACCAGCUAGGGAGUUUCCGAGAUAUAGCAGCUGUUGUUGUGGAAAACCUAACACUAAGAUUGAGCCAGAGACAUGGUCUAGCCUACUGGUUGAAAUACGGAAAAAUCGUUGGCUUCAAAUCUAUCAUUAUCAUCCAACAGUGAGGGACAAACAAUUUCAGAUUGAGUUAGAGACUUAUUUGAAUUAUCGUAAGACGGGGAGAGAUUUUACACGUAAGCAACAACUUUUACAACUGUUGCAAGUGAAACAGAGGUCUCGAUCAAACUCAAUUAUAUCUAAUAAUUCUCUGUUGAACUCUACUGUCCGUAAGAAAAAAAUUACAAGUGACUCCAUGAAAACAGAGUGGAGUGGAAGUGGAGUCAUACCAGGUAGUGUUGUUGGGUCAGACUCAGACAUCAAUGUUAGAGAUACUAAUGGGGGGCAGACUGCACCUAAAUCAUCUGACAGUUCUGUAAGUGUUUAUACAGAUAAUAAGCCAUUAAUUGGGAUUGAAAGUACAACGAAUAAUCACCAGAAUAAGACAGACACUGCUUCAAUAGCAAUGGGCCAUAGUGAUGUGAUAACAACAGCAAGAGACACAUGUGGACAUAAUAUAUCACUAAAAAGUCCCAGUUUGGAUAUUCAAAAUUCUGACAGUGAAAGUAUUAACACAUCAAGAGAUGUCCAAAUAUCUUUAGCUAAAUCACAACAGGGAAUAAAUCAACACACACAUGACAAAGAUCAAGGCAAUAUUGGGACAAAGAUGGACAGAGAAUCUCCUGGUGCUGUUGACAAUUAUAACAAACUACCUCAUAGCUUUGAACACAUUGGAACACAGAGACCUGCAUCUAAUGACUCCCAGGAUCUCUCAUCAGAAGGUUCUGAGAGAUCUGUGAACCAAGACAAAGGAACUAUGAACCAAGACAAAGGAACUAUGGACCAAGACAAAGGAACUGUGAACCAAGACAAAGGAACUGUGAACCAAGACAAAGGAACUUUGGACCAAGACAAAGGAACUAUGAACCAAGACAAGGGAACUAUGGACCAAGACAAAGGAACUAUGAACCAAGACAAAGGAACUGUGAACCAAGACAAAGGAACUUUGAACCAAGACAAAGGAGAUCAUAGUGCAGUUCUCUUCUUCUUUCAUGGUGUUGGUGGUUCAGCCGAUGUUUGGAAGCCACAGGUUGACUAUUUCCGCAAAGAAGGUUAUGAAAUUAUAGUUCCAGAUCUUCUGGGACACGGCUACAGCCAGGCCCCAAAGACACAAUCUGCAUAUCAUUUUAAAGAACUCACCAAAGACAUUGUGGCAAUAUUUGAUAGAUACUGUAAGAGAAGAAAUGUCAUUAUAGGUCACUCUUAUGGGACAUGUUUUGCAACAAUUUUAGCCAGACAGCGCUCUCUCUAUGUGACCAAGAUGAUUCUUAUCAGUGGGGGAGGCCCCACCCCCCUUCAACCCCAGCCAGGGAUAUUCUCACUGCCUUCCUGCCUCCUUGGCUGCCUCAAACCCAUUCUAGUCUGUGGAUUUAAAAAAUCUGCAUUUGUGACAAAAUCAAAAACAUAUGUACCAAAAGAAAAAGCUUUUGAUGUUCCGUCCUAUGUGUUGAAGCACACAAUGAAUGGCCAAGAUUGGCUAGAUGGUGAUGAGAAUUAUCACAGAUGGAUCACAGUACCAACACUACUUAUCUAUGGGAUGAAUGACCCCCUGGUCACUCUCUGGGAGACACAGGCUAUGCAAAAAAUUGUGUUUGGCUCUACUCUAGAGGUAAUAGACAAUGCAAGCCACAUGGUUAUGAUCGACCAACCAGAACUAACCAACAAACUUAUACAUGACUACUUACACAAAGACUUCAGAGUUAUUGGUACAGCAAAGCGACAGAAUAGACUGGUUAAACAUCAAAGCUCUGUAAUAUCUUUGAAAACACUCCCACCAAGUGGCUUAUUCAUGACAGGAAAGCACAAUGAUCACUAGUAAGAUCUCAUAUGUGUUAUCUCUAGCUACCUCUUUGAACAGUGCAAUAUCUCAGGCCAUGUAUCUAUUUGAAGGAGUGUAAUACUUAAGGGUUCACACAGACUGUAUAUAAUGUACAUCAUGUAUAUCAUGCAUAUCAUGUAUAUUAUGAUCAGUGAUGCCUGCCUCUUAAUUGGUGGUUAUUACUCA